GUGAUGAUACCCGAGAGCCGUAUGAUACCACAUCAUUGGCCGACCAAGCCGAGAGUCACGGACACGAUGGCCAGCUUAAACUUCCACAUGGUCCGUGGACGACCAGUCCAUGGCAUGCUCGUCGACACGGGGGCGGCCAAGGCUAUCAUGGGCACGGACACUAUGAAGGAAUACAUCACCGACAUUCUGUCUAAGUAUGGCAAAGUGAUCGAGGUCAAGCCUUCGGAUAGCCGUUUCACUGGAAUCGGCGGCCGCCAGGAGAAAAGCAAAGGUCUGGCUGAGACACCUCUUGGCAUUCCAAUUCCUGGCGUUGCCGAGGUCACGAUUGAUUUGGACUUGCUUGGUGAUCUGGGCUCGAAGUGCCCAGGCGACUUCAAGCAGGCAUCGUGGUCAGAUCAGAAGAAGCUGAGGAAAACCGUAGUGCAGUACUUCAACGAGGUCAUGCGCACUUCGACCAAUAGUCAUCACAAGAAGCGGAAAGGCUCUGUUGGCAUGGACGCUGGCUCCCUGACGUUAGCCGUACGAACGUCAGGCAUAGAGGGUGAAAGUGGCCCUGAGAACUCUUCAGACAUCGACGAGGAGAUCACAACUACAGGAUUGCACAAUAUCAACAUCGCACGGCAACUGGCACCAGUACCAGUUCAUGAGCCUCCG